AUGAGACGAAUACAACCAAUACGACUGGGAAAGUCCAAAAAUGAACAGUCACUAUUUUAUCAGUUUGAUUUUAAUGUUGUUGAAGCCAACGAAACAGACCAUAGAGCAACAACCGAUGUUGAAGUAGCACCAUUGAACGACGAGUUACAACAACAGAGCUUAACUUCUGAUCAAUUACAACUCUUGUUCCGCAAGGCUAGCUCUGAACUGAUUGCAGAAACAGCAGAUGAGCAAGAUUUCUUCAAACGCGAAGCAACAAUUAAAGCACCGAAAACAUCUCAAAUAGUACAAACACCAUUUCCAGCUCCUUUAUCAGAACGAAAAGAAGAUUCUGAAUUGACUAUUGAACAAUUGAAACAGUUAGCUAAACAAGAAGCAGGUCCACUCAUCAUCGAAAGAUAUUCUCCUAGUGAAGAGCAAGUUGAUUACGUAAUGCCAACAGUUAACUUAACAUUUAAUCAACCAAUGAUUAGUGUGUCAUCAUUGGAUGAAAAUAUGAAUCUUGAAGAGCUAGGGAUAUCGUUAACACCAAAAAUUGAAGGUAGAUGGAGAUGGACAGGAACGAAAACAGUUCAAUUCGAAGCCAAGCAUCGUUUUCCAUAUUCGACAAAAUUUACACUAAGAGUCGACAAAGAACACUGUGUAUCAGUGAUCGGAGGUAAAGCUAUCUUGCAUUCGAUGAGAUUUCAUUCUGUACACAUAUUCUUGAUACUUUCAUUAAUUGUAGGAAAACUAGACGAAGAAUUCGUUUUUGAAUUUUCAACAGCAACAGCAAAAGUUCUUGAUUUUUCACCUUAUGGAACAGUUUCCACAUUGAAACCUAAAUGUUUUCUAUUAUUCAAUCAAAAGAUUAAUAUGAAUGAAAUUUCGAAGCAUAUACGCGUCGUAAGCAGUAGUGGAAAUGAGAUCCAAAACCAAGAAUUAGAAAUGUUAGACGACGCAACAGCAAAAAGUGAAUUUAAAUCAAAUAUAAAUGCUGACGAAGGAAAUCAUGAGAAAUAUGUUGCAUUUACAUUUAAGAAUGAUUUAUCGAAAGCAACAGAAUAUCUAGUUCAACUGCCUAUAGGGUGUCCAUCAGCAGAAGGUCCACUAAAGACAACGUCUGAGUGGUCAACGAGCUUUCACACUUACGAGCCAUUAAAAAUAAUUGAUUGUUUUCCAAAUGAAACAAAUUCAUGGCAACGAACUGCUGCUCCUGGUCAAAAUUGGUCGCUCACAUUCAAUAAUUCAUUAAAUCAUUCAACAAUUAAUAAAUCAUUAUUCAAGAUUGAACCAGAAGUCAAUGGUUUAGGCAUUGAGCAUGUCGAACACAAUGAUCGAGAAAUAACAAUGCAUAAUGAUUCUAAACCAAAUACUGUUUACACACUGUUCAUAGAAGCAGCAUCAUUAAAAGACAUUCAUGGUCAAACAUUGGAACAUGAUUUCUCUGCUAAACCAAUUCAAUUUAAAGUCCAUGACUCACCACCAUUAACUGGAGACAUAUCGAGUGCAAUAGGUAUGGUUACGAUAGAUCCUGGUGUAUUAGAUGAACCAUUUUAUCCAUUUAUGGUUUAUAAUUAUUCAGAAUUAACAGUUCGUAUUAAUCGAGUAAAGCCAGAACAUUAUGAUCCUAACUUGCCAUGCUUUAAUUCAUAUACAUAUACCAUGGAAGAUCAAGCAUGGUACAAUAAAUUACCUGGCGAAGAGUUGCUGAAUGCAGUAAUAAAAACGAAUUGUGAACGUGAUGAACCAAAAGAAAUAAGAAUUCCGUUGAAAGAAUACCUAAAUAAAAAUUCUGGAGUAGGACAAUUAAUUCUGCUAAUUGAACCAACAAAAAAGGCGUGGAGUGAAUGUCAACGUCAAGAUUGGCAAUAUCGACAAAUAAAAUCUGCCUGGAUACAAUGUACACGACUAGCAGUGGACCUAUUUGUUUCUUCAGGUACUGAUGGCACAUUGACUGCAUGGGUUACUGAAUUGAUGACUGGUGCACCUGUCACCCAAGCUAUUGUCCAAAUAGCAAAUAAAAAGGGAGAAACCAAUCAACAAGGACUAUGUACCUUUAAAAAAUACCUGAUAGAAAAAGAUGAAUCAAGCAAAGCAGAAGAUCAAGGAAAUAAAAUAUUAAUUGUAGAAAAAGAUAAUGAUCUGUGUAUGUCAGUAAAUAUUUAUACUUAUCCAUCGUACUAUGAUGCUUAUGCUUGGCAUGUGUUCAAUGAUCGAGGUUUGUAUAAACCGAAAGAAGAAGUGCAUAUAAAAGGUUAUGUGCGAUUACUGGAAACAAAAGGUGAAACAAGAUUACCAGCUUAUGUUCAAGGUUCCAUUGAUUAUACAGUACAGGAUCCUCACGGUGAGCAGCUUCUGCAGUCAAAAGUCGAGUUGAAUAAUUACGGUGCAUUUGAUAUCCAAUUUACAUUGCCUGACAAUGUUAAUCUAGGCUAUGGAUACGUAACAUUCAUUUUACAGGAUUCAUUAAGUAGUCAUACUCAUCAGUUCAAAAUUCAAGAGUUCAGAAGACCAGAAUAUGAAGUUUCAUCAAAGAUUAAAUCAACAACAACCUAUUAUUGUCAUCCAACCAUGGAUCAAGACGUCGUCGUUUCUUGUCAAGGAAAAUUGUUUGCAGGUGGUUAUCUGAAUGAUGCAAAUGUCCGGUGGACAGUACGAGCUGAAGCAACCAAAUUUAAACCAGCUAAUAGAUCUGAUUAUUCAUUUGGUAGAGUUGAACCGAUGUUUUUCAUGUUUCGUAAUAAUGAUGAAAACAAAAUAUCAUAUCCGUCAAAAUUCUUUCAGGGUAAAACAAACGAUCAAGAUAUGCAUGAAAUAAAAAUUAGUUAUCACGGCAUUGAAGAAGAACCGAGACCAACAAUUGUCUAUGCACUGGCAGCUAUUACUGAUUUAAACAACCAAACGCAAGAAACACAAACACAAUUCGUCGUACAUCCGUGUACUUAUUAUGUUGGAUUUCAAAUGUCAACAUAUUUUGGCAAGAAAGACAAGCCUGUACCAACCAAAGUUAUUGUAACAGAUAUUGAUGGAAAUUUAAUUGAUAAUAUUGCUGUUGAAUGCAAAAUAGUUGGAAAUGGUAAAAAAAGAAAAGAAGAUGAAAACGGUUUGAUCAUAUACGAAGACGUCAAAGAUGAACAAAUAAUAACCUCUGUUAGUUCAAGUAAAGAUGCCAUUAACAUUGAUUUCACACCAAAAUUAGGCGGUGAGUACAAUAUUUCAUAUACUGUCAAAGAUGAGCAAGGACGAUCAGCUAUGAGUUUCUACGAUGGUUUUUACGUCUGCGGUGGUUACGAAAAGGAAAUGGAACAACAAAAAGUCGAAUAUGUUCCGAUGGAUGCAAUUAAAAUCGUACCAAAUGCACCGAAUUAUCAAUCUAAUGACACAUGUGAACUACUCAUAUUAGCUCCGUUCAGUCCAGCAAACGGUCUACUAGUAUUCGACUGUGACGGUCAAGUUUCGCAACCAAUACAAUUUCAGAUAGAACCUGGACAAAGUUCGACAACUGUUCAAUUUAAGAUAUCGAAGGACUGGAUACCAAAUUUCACAGUACAUGCAGAAUUAGUAGGCUCAGCUCCAAGACAAACGGAAGUGAUUGGCUCGCCGAAUCGUCCAGCUAUCGCUACUGGUUCACAAUUAAUAGAAGUAUCUAGAGACAUUUAUAAACUAAAUGUUUCGAUUAAUACAAAAGAAAGAAAUAAAGUGUUUACACCAUCAUCAAAUAUCCAUAUCGAUGUGGAUGUCUCACAAUAUAUCGAUAAAGUAGCUGUAGACAAAGCCGAAGUGUGUAUGGUUGUUGUUGAUGAAGCAAUUUUAUCAUUAACUGAUCAUAAAAUGACUAAUCCAUUAGAUUUAUUUUAUCCUAACCGAGUAGCAAAUAUCAAUCAAUUCCAUGAUAGAGAUCGUUGUUUGGUAUUCAGUAAGCAAGAUAUCGAAAAAUUUAAGAAAGAUAUGCAAGAAAACCAGUAUUUAUCCAGAGUAGAAAAUAUAUGUUGUUACCAAGCAGCACCUAUGGCUAUGUCUGAGAUGAGCGCAAGUGGCUGUGGAUUUGGAGGCUCCGGUCCUGAGGAAAAAAUAUCUGUUCGAUCGAACUUCAAUCCAUUAGCAUGUUGGAUACCAUCAUUGGUCACUGAUGUAUCUGGACGUGUUUCGUCUGAAAUUAAAUUACCGGAUAAUCUAACACGUUAUCGCGUAUGGGCACUCGUAACAAAUGAUAAACAAUAUGGUUUAGGUGAAAUGUCAUUUACUGUACAAUUACCAGUUAUGGUUCGACCUUCACCACCGAGAUUUCUUAACUAUGGUGAUACAGCUCAUAUCUCGGUUAUUUUACAAAAUCAAACUGAUUCACCAUUACAAUUGUAUGCUGGUCUGCGAGCAUCUAAUGCUAAGCUGUUAACACCACAAGAAAAUCAACAAAUGGCUGGUUACUGUAUUGCUCUUCAACCAAAUAAACGAGUUGCUCUUAUAUUUCCGUUGUCAACAGUGCGUUCUGGUACAGCUCGAUUUCAAUUCAUAACCAGUAGUGUCAAAAAUGAAACAUCUCCAUCAUUUGGCGACGCCAUUGAAUUUAGUUUACCUGUAUUCAAACCGGCAACAUCUGAAGCAUUUGCAACAUAUGGUGAUGUGUGUGAUGAAAAAGUUAUUUUACAACCGAUAAAGGCACCAGAAAAUGUUAUUCCACAAUUCGGUGAGUUAUCAAUAUCAACAAGUUCUACAGCAUUAGCAUCAUUAACCGAUGCAAUCAUUGCGCUCUAUACAUAUCCAUAUGAGUGUUCAGAACAAAUAAGUUCACGAUUGCUUGGUAUACAAUCACUAUGGGACGUUUUACAAGCAUUUAAAAGUAAAGAUUUACCUGAAGUAUCCGAAGUAAAAACUAAAUUAGAAUCCGAUAUGAAGAAGCUCAAAGGUCGUCAAUAUUCAAAUGGUGGGUUUGGUUAUUGGACAAAUCAAUACAAUUCUAAUGCCGAUCCAUUUAUGAGUGUGCAUGUUGCACACUGUCUAGUUGUUGUUGAGCAGAAAAAGGUAAAGAUCAAAUUACAGUUAUGA